AUGACUGAAGAAAAGAAUGAUGAUAAAUUAGAAUUAUCGGAACACGCAAUAUCAGCAUUAAACGAAUUUCUUUCAGAGCAACAAGAACAACAGAUAAAAUUCGAACAAUUAAAGGCUAAAUCUUUAUCUUGUAUACAAAACUAUUUAGAAUCCAAUUCACAAGAUUCGAAACAAGACAACAAAGAUGAUGAUAAUAAUACGGAAAUUAAUAUAGAUUUUUUUAAAGAAGAUUGGCAGCUGAGUCAAUUUUGGUACGAUGAAGUGACAUCAAACUUUUUAGCUCAAGAAGUUCUAACUAAUACCAACCCAGACAGUCGGAUAGCAUGUAUCAGCACACCAACAGCAUUCGUCAAACUAAAAUCAAUAAAACCAACCCCAAAACAAACAAUCUGUCUCUUUGAAUUUGAUACAAGAUUUGAUGUGUAUGGAACGGAUUUUUAUACAUACGAUUAUAAAAACCCUACUAACUUUCGUAAUUCCCAAGAAUUAAGAAAUUCCUUUGAUUUUAUAUUAGUUGAUCCUCCGUUUUUAAGUGAGGACUGUUGUACUAAAUCCAUGAUAACGGUUAGAUGGCUUGAGAAAAGAGGAAAUUGUAAAAUUUUACUUUGCACAGGAGCUGUAAUGCGCGACCUCAUUUAUAGAUUAAUCAAAGCAAAAAUGUCAACUUUCAUACCACAGCAUAAAGGUGGUUUGGCAAAUGACUUUCGCUGUUACUCAAAUUAUGAAAGCCAAAAUAUUAAAUGGGUAAAAGAUGAAUGA